CCCCGCCCCGAUGCGCCGGGCGGGGCUGGGCCGAGAGUCCAGCGGCUGCGGGCUGGGGCUUCAGUGACUUCCUUGUUGCGAGCCCCGGCCCGGCAGUGUCCGGGCUCGUCCGUACCGGGACCGCUAGCCCGAGUCUAGGUCGCAGCCGCAACCCCAGCCCGCCGCUCCCCCGUUCAGCACAGGUCUUUGCCCCGCACGUCCCGCGCUCCCUAACAUGCCCAACCCCAGCAGCACCUCCUCUCCCUACCCCCUCCCCGAGGAAAUUAGGAACCUGUUGGCAGAUGUUGAAACAUUUGUGGCAGACACACUGAGAGGGGAAAAUUUAUCCAAGAAAGCAAAGGAAAAAAGAGAAUCCCUUAUUAAGAAGAUAAAAGAUGUAAAGUCUACCUAUCUUCAGGAAUUUCAAGACAAAGGUGAUGCAGAAGAUGGAGAAGAAUAUGAUGACCCUUUUGCUGGGGCUUCAGACACUAUGUCAUUAGCCUCAGAAAGAUAUGAUAAAGAUGAUGAAGCCCACUCUGAAGGAAACCAGUUUCCUCCAAUUGCAGCACAGGACCUUCCUUUUGUUUUAAAGGCUGGCUACCUUGAAAAACGCAGAAAAGAUCACAGCUUCCUGGGAUUUGAAUGGCAGAAACGCUGGUGUGCUCUCAGUAAAACAGUAUUCUAUUAUUAUGGAAGUGAUAAAGACAAGCAACAGAAAGGUGAAUUUGCAAUAGAUGGCUACAAUGUCAGAAUGAAUAACACUCUCAGGAAGGAUGGAAAGAAAGAUUGCUGUUUUGAAAUCUCUGCUCCUGAUAAACGUAUCUAUCAGUUCACAGCAGCUUCUCCCAAAGAUGCUGAAGAAUGGGUACAGCAGCUGAAAUUUGUAUUACAAGACAUGGGAUCUGAUGUUAUUCCUGAAGAUGAUGAUGAAAGAGGAGAAUUAUAUGAUGAUGUUGACCAUCCUCUACCAACCAGCAGCCCACCAGCAAGCAGCCAACCAACUGAUGAUGAAAUUUAUGAAGAACUUCCAGAAGAGGAAGAAGACAGUGCUCCUGCGAAAGUGGAGGAACAAAGGAAAAUGAGCCAGGACAAUGUUCAUCCCACCACAGGAGAUAAAAGCACCGAUUAUGCUAACUUUUACCAGGGUUUGUGGGACUGCACAGGAGCUCUUUCUGAUGAGUUGUCAUUUAAACGUGGUGAUGUGAUUUACAUUCUUAGCAAGGAAUACAAUAGAUAUGGCUGGUGGGUAGGAGAAAUGAAGGGAGCCAUUGGCUUGGUGCCGAAAGCCUACAUAAUGGAGAUGUAUGAUAUUUGAGAGUCCUGGCAGGAAAAGUCAACAUUUCAACUGGAGAAAAAAAUUCAGAUGCAACUUUCUGCCUGCGGAAAAGGAAGAGUCUCCUGCUAGUCUGUAAAUGCUGUGGAUUUAAAAUCAUCUUGAGAGCAUGAGUGGCAGCUCAUAACCUUUUUGUGUUUUGUUGAACAUUUGUCUUUGACUGUUAUUUUAUGCAUUCAUUAUAACAUUCCUCUGAUGUGAAAUUAAAUAAAGAAUAUUAAUGUAAAUUAGAUGCAAGCAGUAAAAUUGUACCUGUUGCUAUUUUGCGAAGAAAUAAAUGUAGUUUUUAUUUACUCAUUUGAUUUGUGUGAAGAAUUCAGCACAAUUUUAUAUGUAUAGUCACUGCUGCUUUUGGUAUGAGGUGUAAUUUCUCUUCAAAUUGGAUGUCAAUUAUAUUUUAGAAUGUAAUAUAUAAUUUCAUAGAGAUUUUAAUUAAAUAUAUCAUGCAAGCUUUUGGUAGCUACUAUCUAAGGAACGUGGCUUUGUUAAAACUUUGUAGAUGAUUGAUCUUAGUACUGAUUUUUCACACAGUAGUGACAUGUUUUCAUGCAAGAAUUUCUACUGAUUUUUACUUCAUGUUAAAUACAGCCACAGGAAAGAAAAAAAUGAUAGAAUUGCAGAUGGUAGUGUCCCGUCCACUGGGACGCACGUGCAGGCCAGAACCAUGGCGUGUGCAAAGCCCUUCAUCAGUAACAAACACCCUGGUUAGGUGACGGGCUUGCCAACAUUUUCCACCACCGUUUUGUUUAAAUUUAAUAAAAUAAAAGAUCUAUAAGAAAGCCCCUCUUGCAUAAUGCAGUGGCAUAAAGAAUCUUAACAUACUCUCAAAAUAAGAAGACCUAAUGGAGCACUGUCUUGGCCUGUCUGAUCGUUGCUAUGCUAUUAAAGUCCCACCACAAAACAGUAGAACUCCAGAUCUGAGUUUCCUCUCUGCUUCUCAGAGCAAUGAAAAGAAAAGGAAAGGCUCAGGGAAGAGAGCAUAGAAAUCAUGGUGGGAACAUGUACCAACAGGCUAAUGGAAAGAUGGUGUGAGCCUGACCCUGGAGGUAUAUGUCGUGCUACCUGAGCAAGAUUUGUGGAAUUAUAACAUUACCUUUUCGUGUAUAUUUGAAAUCAAGGGUAUGCCCACAAGGUAUCAGUGUGCCUUUGACAUAAAUAUAUAUAUUAAAACAUUCUGCUGAUUGGAUAAUUGUAGUCACUUAAUAUUGAAUCAUUGAUUAAUUAGUAGGUACUACCUUUGUUGAACUUUUCAGAUCUUUGCUUUAUAAAGAUUCUAGCCAUGAACAAACUGAUAAUAUUUAACCCCCUUUAUUUAUAUAAAACUAUUUAUAAACAAUAUCUCAGAACUUACAUUUUACCAUUAUCUUCUUGAUACUGUGAUCACCAGAACUCAAACGUAAUGAAAUAUAUUUUUUAGUUUUAGGGAUUGUGGGUAAACUCUAGUUUAUAUAAAUUAGACAUUGUUGAACCAGAGCUUUCAGAAAUUAAUUUGUGCACUUGUGAAUCUUUUCCUAAUAGAGAGCCAAGGGAGUAGAUUGAAAUCAUCUCGGCAAAAGUGAGCCAAUGGGAGAUAAAUUUAGUGGUCUGUUUUUCAAACAGAGUUGGAAAAGCAAAACGAGUUGUGGUUUCCCCUGAAAAUGUAGUCCUGGUUGUGGAUGCAGGUUUCAUGCUUCUGGUUGAAGUGAAGAUUUUAGUGCUGGGCCAGUAGGUGGCAGCAGCUUUUCAUUGCAUACUAAACCACUGGGCCACCCCUCCCCCACCCGGGCACACACUGGAACAGAAUGUAAAGCAUGUAAAAGAUUUUUGCCUCCUUUUACAGUUAAUCCAGGAGAGGGAGUCCUUUGCCAACUGAUGACCAGCAAUUCCAAGCCAGAUAGUCGCUGUGAAUGGUGACAAUACAGAAAUAAAGUGUUAACUUCUGUCCAGAGCUCCUCUGGCCUUUGUUCUUGUUUAACUUGAAUAUAGGUGGGAGAUAAGAAAGGAGACAAAAGAUUGAAAAUUAGAGUGACAGGAAAAAUAAUCAUUACUUUCAGCUCAUGACUACUUUAUAUUCAUUUGGUGAAAUCAUUUGUACUACCAGGGAAAAAGUUUUCUUUACACCCUUGACAAUAUAUCACACUCUCUUCAAGAUCAUAAUAAUAUCAUUAAUGUGCAUUUAAACAACAUGGCUUGUUAGAAAAUAUGCUAAUUGCUAUGUUCUCAUUAUGUUUGCUUAGCUUUUAUUUGUUUUUCUAUGAACAGUUAGAGAGCUAAUUUUUUCCAAAGGUGAUUGUAAGUCAUAUUUUAUAUAGCAUUUUGCUUGAUUAUUUGCUCUGUACUGAAUUUGUACUCUAUUGCCAUUAGAUCUUACAAUAAUGUUCCACUCUGCAAAUUUUUAAGGUUCAAAUAAAGUUUAAUUGUUUGCAAACUGU